AUGACAAUUGAAAAUAUAUGGAUGCAACUUCUCGAUAACCCAACACUCAGUGUUCUUCCUCAUGACUACUUACGUCCUCAGCAAGAACCUUUCAUUAAACAAGAAGAAUUAAUUGUUCAAUUACCUCAAUUGGACUUACCUUUCGAAGGCUUUGAAGACAAGUACACAGUUUUCUUGGCUCUAUGGUCUACUUUGAUUUUCAGAUUAAGCGGUGACGCUGACAUUGUUUUAUACAUUACAGGCAAUAAGGUGCUGAGAUUUCAAAUUCAAGCGGAAUGUACCUUCCAACAUCUAAUUGAAAUCAUAAGAAGUAAAUUAGACGAACUUUCGAACAUUGUCGACGAAAUCAACUUCGAUUGCUUUGCUGAAAAAAUACAACAAGAACAAGAUUUAGAGAAAACACCUCAGUUAUUUCGUUUAGCCGGUUUAUUAGAUGCAUCUUCCGAUUUCAAGCUAAAUGCCUUCAAAUAUCAUCCUUUAGAUCUAGCCAUCAAUCUACGGUCCAUAAACAAUACACACACAUUGGAACUAAUUUUUAACGCAUACAUUUACUCAACAGAAAGAAUCCAAACUUUAAGUGACCAAUUCAUACAAUUUAUAUCAGUAGUUCAGCAAAACCCUCAAUGUGUUAUAACCCAGGCGAGCUUAGUAACUCCGGAAUCACUAAACAGGUUACCUAAUCCAACUAGAGAUCUGGAUUGGUGUGGAUUCGUCGGCUGCAUUCAAGACAUAUUUCAGGAUAAUGCCGAAUCUUUCCCAGAUAGGACAUGUGUAGUGGAAACUGGUUCUUCCAAAAUGCCUCGCAGAACGUUCACUUACCAAGAUAUCAAUAGAGCUUCUAAUAUUGUGGCCCAUUAUCUAAUCGACACAGGAAUCAAAGUGGGUGAUGUGGUUAUGAUUUAUUCAUCAAGAGGGGUCGAUCUGAUGAUUUGCGUAUUGGGUGUUUUAAAAGCUGGUGCCACCUUUUCUGUCAUUGAUCCUGCAUAUCCCCCAGCAAGACAAACUGUCUACUUAGAUGUUGCUAGGCCAAAGGGACUAAUUGUCAUUAGAUCAGCAGGCGUCCUAGAUUCACUAGUGGAGAAUUUCAUUAAAGAUGAAUUGGAAGUCAUUACUAGAAUCCCUUCAGUUGCAAUUCAGGCGGAUGGUACCUUACAAGGCUCACUCGAUCAAACAAAUGAUAUUUUAUCUAAAUAUGAGACUAUGAAAGACCAAAGAACGGGUGUCAUAGUUGGUCCAGAUUCCAAUCCUACAUUAUCUUUCACCUCAGGUUCAGAGGGAAAACCAAAGGGUGUAUUAGGCAGACAUUAUUCUUUAGCUUAUUACUUCAGUUGGAUGGCUUCCCAGUUUAACUUAUCUUCCAAAGAUAGAUUUACUAUGUUGAGUGGUAUAGCACAUGAUCCCAUCCAAAGAGAUAUGUUUACUCCAUUAUUCUUGGGUGCUCAAUUAUAUGUCCCAACUGAAGAAGACAUAUGUACCCCUGGUCAGUUAGCAAAGUGGAUGAGUGAUAACAACUGUACUAUUACACAUUUAACUCCAGCAAUGGGUCAAUUAUUGACAGCACAAGCCGUUACACCAUUCCCAAAAUUACAUCAUGCCUUCUUUGUUGGAGAUGUAUUAACCAAACGUGAUUGCUUGAGAUUACAGACACUUGCUGAAAACUGUUGUAUCGUUAAUAUGUACGGUACUACUGAAACUCAAAGGGCGGUAUCUUAUUUUGAAGUUCAUUCUAGGACACAGGACCCUGACUUCUUAAAAAACUUGAAAAACGUGAUGCCUGCAGGAAGAGGUAUGAAAAAUGUUCAACUGUUGGUUAUUAACAGAAAUGAUAGAUCUCAAAUUUGUGGUGUUGGUGAAGUAGGUGAAAUAUACGUCAGAGCUGCUGGCCUGGCUGAGGGCUAUAGAGGAUUACCUGAUCUUAACAAAGAAAAGUUCGUCAAAAAUUGGUUUGUUGAUGACGGACAUUGGAAUCAUUUAGACAAAGAUAGGGGUGAGCCCUGGAGAAAGUUUUGGUUAGGACCUAGAGACAGGUUAUACAGAACUGGUGAUUUGGGACGUUAUUUACCAAAUGGUGACUGUGAAUGUUGCGGUAGAGCAGAUGAUCAAAUUAAAAUAAGAGGUUUUAGAAUUGAAUUAGGAGAAAUAGAUACACAUAUUUCUCAACAUUCGUUAGUUCGUGAAAAUAUUACGCUAGUACGUAAAAACGCCAAUAAUGAGCCAACAUUAAUAACCUUCAUUGUUCCAAGAUUUGACAUGCCUAAUGAAUUGGCAGAAUUUCAGACACCUGUUCCAGAAAGUGUCAAAGAUCAGACUGUGAGGGGCUUAAUCGCUUUUGACUUGCUUGGAAAGGAUAUCAAAUUAUUUUUGAGAAAAAGACUACCAAGUUAUGCUAUUCCAUCUUUGAUUCUUGCUUGGGAUAAGCUGCCACUAAAUCCAAACGGGAAGGUGGAUAAGCCAAAACUUCAAUUCCCAACAGAAAAACAAUUAAAAACUGUUGUUGAAUAUUCUCCUUCUACCAGCGAUGAUGGUGAACUAAGUCCAAUUGAACGCAAGAUUCGCGACAUUUGGUCGGAUAUUUUACCAAUAACAGCCUCCUCAAUGUCCAUAAACGAUUCUUUCUUUGACUUAGGGGGUCACUCAAUUUUGGCUACCAAAAUGUUCUUCACAUUGAAAACCACAUUUAACAUUGAUUUGCCAUUAAACUCAGUGUUCAAAUUUCCAACAAUCAAAACCUUAGCAGCAGAAAUUGUAAGAUUAGGAAAAUCGAGCGUACAAAAUAAUCCACAAGCCUCUACUGGUAGUACCAAAACUGCUGAAUAUGAAUCUGAUGCAAGACAGUUAGUUAAUACCCUACCGGAAAGUUAUGCCAGUCGUAGUACAUUGAAAAAUGAUGGCACAAUAAAUGUCUUUGUUACUGGUGCAACAGGAUUUUUGGGCUCCUAUAUUAUAAGUAAUAUACUAAACAGAAGCAGUGACCAUCAAACGUUCAAGGUGUUUGCCCAUGUACGUGCAGAUACUAAAGAAAAAGGCCUGAAGAGACUAGAGAAAGCAGGUGUAACAUAUGGCACUUGGUCCGCUGCCUUUUCUGAAAAUAUUGAGGUUAUAUUGGGUGAUUUAUCCAAACGUCAAUUUGGAUUACCAAAUGAAAUGUGGACCAAACUGGGGAAUGAAAUUGAUGUCAUUAUACACAAUGGUGCUUUAGUCCACUGGGUUUACCCUUAUAGUAAGUUAAGAGACGCAAAUGUUGUCUCCACAGUAAAUGUCAUGAAUUUAGCUUCCUUUGGUAAACCAAAGUUCUUUGACUUCGUUUCCUCAACAUCUACACUGGAUAGCAAAUAUUAUUUUAAACUAUCAGACCAGCUGGUUUCUGAAGGCAAAAGCGGUAUAACUGAAGCUGAUGAUUUAAUGGGUUCUGCUCACACACUCAGUGGAGGUUACGGGCAGUCUAAAUGGGCUGCUGAGUAUAUCAUAAGGAAAGCUGGUGAGAGAGGUUUAAGAGGUUGUAUCGUAAGACCUGGCUAUAUUACGGGGUGUUCCACCAAUGGGUCUUCAAAUACAGAUGACUUUUUAUUACGAUGUUUGAAGAGCGCUGUUCAACUUGGCAAAAUUCCAGAUAUCAGAAAUACAGUUAAUAUGGUACCAGUUGAUCACGUUGCUGAAAUUGUUGUGGCAACUGCUUUCCACCCACCAUCUAAUGACGAGUUGGCGGUUGCACAUGUGACGGGACAUCCUCGUAUUCUUUUCAAGGAUUAUCUCUACUCAUUGCAUAGUUACGGCUAUAAUGUUGAAGUAGUAGAUUACGAAAUAUGGAAAGCAUCUUUGGAACACGCCAUAGUACAGAAUAAUGAAGACAAUGCUCUUUAUCCAUUAUUGCAUAUGGUAUUAGAUGAUUUACCUAAUAGUACAAGAGCUCCCGAGCUAGAUGAUACGAACACGGUUAAGUCCCUGAAGAUGGAUGCUCCUUGGAUUGGGCAAGAUGUUUCAGCUGGAAAGGGGGCUACUGAAGAACAAGUUGGUAUUUAUAUUUCAUUUUUAAAUAAAGUGAACUUUCUACCAUCUUCUACAGGAAAGGGAAGACUUCCUUUACCUGAAGUUGAAUUGACUGACGCACAAAUUAGAUCAGUGUCCUCUGGAGCAAGUGCUCGUACAAGUUCCGCUUCCACACAAAAUUAA